AUGUUUGCGGCACGAAAAGUAGCGCCCGCACUCCUUCAGUCGACCGGCUCGCGCCUGGCCAGCGCUGCCGCUGCCGCACCGACGAAGGAUAAAUACAAGGUCGUCGUGCUUGGUGGCGGCUCCGCCGGUAUUGCGGCUGCACAGCAGAUCUAUGAUAGGUUUGCGAGUGCGGGCAAGUCGUUGAACCCUCAGGACAUUGCCAUCGUCGAUGCGGCCGAGUGGCACCACUACCAGCCAGGAUGGACUCUCGUCGGUGCUGGCCUGAAACAAAAGUCUGAAUUACGCCGUCCUCUCGCGUCCCUCAUUCCUUCGCAUAUCGCACACCUCCCGGAGAACGUCAAGUCGUUUGACCCGGCAAAGAACGCCAUCACUACCGAUGCAGGCCGUACAGUGUCGUACGACCAGCUUGUUGUCGCAACUGGUCUACAGAUCAACUUCGACGGCAUUGAGGGCCUUCCUUCCGCACUCGGGGACCCCAACUCUGGCGUUUCCACCAUCUACUCCUACAACACGGCUGACAAAGUUUGGACGGACAUUGAGGCUUUGCGCUCGGGACGUGCAAUCUUCACACAGCCUGCCGGAAUUAUCAAGUGUGCCGGCGCACCUCAAAAAAUCAUGUGGAUGGCAUGGGACAGGUAUCGCCAGACUGGUCGUGGCGACAACAUCAAGGUCGACUUCAUCACAGGCAUGCCAACCAUGUUCAGCGUCAAGAAGUACUCGGACAGGCUCGAUGCUCUGCGCCUUGAGCGUGGUGUGGGCGGCAAGUUCGGUCAUAACCUUGUAAAGGUUGACCCGAGCACGAAGACGGCGACGUUCAAGACUGGCGACGGUACUCUUGUGACGGAGGACUACACUCUCUUGCACGUGGUGCCACCCCAGGGCCCUCUGAAUGUCAUGAAGGGCGCGCCGAUCGCAGAUGCUGCUGGCUGGGUCGACGUUAACAAGGACACCCUUCAGCACGUCAAGCCCGAGUACGCGAACGUGUGGGCCAUCGGCGACGCGUCGUCGUUGCCGACCAGCAAGACCGCUGCGGCUGCUAUCGCUCAGGCGCCGGUAUUGACGGAGAACUUGUUCAGCCUUGUCGACACCGGCAAGAUCAGCUCGGCAACCUACUCUGGGUACACCAGUUGCCCGUUGCUCACCGGCUACGGCCAACUCCUACUUGCCGAGUUCAAGUACGGCCUCGUGCCGGACGAGACGUUCGCACAGUUCGUCGGCGACCAGGCAACUCCGCGUAGGCUCUUCUACCACUUCAAGAAGGACCUCUUCCCGUGGGCCUACUUCAACGCUCAUGUCAAGGGCAAGUGGUACGGUCGCACUGGAUUCAGCCGCCCGGUCUUUGCUGCAUAG